AUGGGCGACAAAAAAAAGCACAAAAAACAGAAGUUGAUGGAUUCAGAAGCUGAGAAAGUGGCAGAGUUGGCAGAGGAAAGCUUGAGAGAACACCCUCACCCACAACCUCCGCAAAAGAUGGAAUUCCACGAUGGAGGUGAGUUCAAGGGUGUUGAAAGACACAACACCACGGCUCAUCUGGCAGAGAAACUUGAAGACGGGCCCCAAAACCCAUUUACUGGAGAAAAGUUUUCUCAGAAGUACUUCGACAUUUUGAAAACAAGAAGAGAUUUGCCCGUGCAUGCCCAGAGAGAUGAGUUUCUCAAGACUUUCCAAAGCACCCAAAUCAUGGUUUUCGUGGGUGAGACCGGUUCUGGUAAAACAACCCAGAUUCCUCAAUUUGUCUUGUAUGAUGACAUGCCUCACCUCCACGGGAAAAUGGUUGCUUGUACCCAACCUAGAAGAGUGGCGGCCAUGUCGGUUGCCAAAAGAGUCGCUGAUGAAUUGGACGUGCAACUUGGCGACGAAGUCGGAUACCUGAUCAGAUUCGAAAAUAAAACUUCCCCAAAGACUAUUCUCAAGUAUAUGACAGAUGGUAUGCUUUUGCGAGAGGCAAUGGAGGACCAUGACUUGCUGAGAUACUCGUGUAUCAUGCUAGACGAGGCCCACGAGCGUACCUUGGCAACAGACAUAUUGAUGGGGCUUUUGAAACAAGUCACCAUGCGCAGACCAGAUCUCAAACUUAUAAUCAUGUCAGCCACGUUAGACGCUGAGAAAUUUCAGCAAUACUUUCACAACGCUCCACUUUUAGCUGUUCCAGGUCGUACUCACCCUGUGGAAAUCUACUACACUCCAGAAUAUCAAAAAGAUUAUUUGGAUGCUGCCAUAAGAACAGUCUUGCAAAUUCAUGCCACAGAAGACGAGGGUGAUGUUCUUUUAUUUUUGACGGGUGAAGAGGAAAUUGAAGAUGCUUGCAGAAAGAUCCAACUUGAGGGCGAUGAGCUAAUCCGUGAGCAGGAUUGUGGGCCACUCAAGGUGUACCCAUUGUAUGGUUCAUUACCUCCUCAUCAACAGCAAAAAAUUUUUGAGCCAGCACCAGAGAACCAUAAACCCGGCGGAAGACCGGGAAGAAAGGUUAUUGUGUCAACAAACAUUGCUGAGACUUCGCUUACCAUCGAUGGUAUCGUGUACGUGGUUGAUCCUGGUUUCUCCAAGCAGAAAGUGUACAAUCCCCGUAUCAGAGUCGAAUCCUUGUUAGUCUCUCCAAUCUCCAAAGCAUCUGCCCAACAAAGAGCUGGUCGUGCUGGUCGUACGCGGCCCGGUAAGUGUUUCAGAUUGUACACUGAAGAAGCAUUCAAGAAGGAGUUGAUUGAGCAGUCCUACCCCGAGAUUUUGCGUUCUAACUUGGCUUCUACUGUUCUUGAACUCAAGAAAUUGGGUGUCGAUGAUUUGGUUCACUUUGAUUUCAUGGACCCUCCAGCACCAGAGACAAUGAUGCGUGCUCUUGAAGAGCUCAACUACCUACAGUGUCUCUCUGACGAAGGUGACUUGACUGCAUUGGGACGUUUAGCAUCAAAUUUCCCUCUUGAUCCAAUGUUGGCGGUCAUGUUGAUAGGAUCUCCAGCAUUCAAGUGUUCCGAAGAGAUUCUUUCGAUCGUUGCACUUUUGUCUGUCCCCAACGUGUUCGUUCGCCCAGCGUCUGCUAGAAAGAGAGCGGACGAGAUCAAGAUGUCGUUUGCUCACCCCGAUGGUGACCACUUGACAUUGCUUAAUGUCUACGAGGCUUUCAACUCCUACGAAGCAUAUGAAAUUGGCUUGCACCAGUGGUGCAGAGACAACUUCUUGUCAUACCGUUCCCUCACGUCAGCCAAGAAUGUUCGGUCUCAAUUGCGUCGUCUUAUGGAACGUUACGAUUUGGAGUUGGUGCUGACGCCGUUUGAGGACCGCAACUACUGGGACAACAUCAGAAAGGCACUUGUAGCUGGAUUUUUCAUGCAAGUUGCUAAGAAGAAGAGCGGCAACAAAGGAUUUCUCACUGUAAAGGACAAUCAGGACGUGUUGAUUCACCCAAGCACAACGCUUGCCAAGGAGAAUGAGUGGGUCAUAUACAACGAGUUUGUUCUCACGUCCAAGAACUAUAUCCGUACGGUGACAAAUGUACGUCCUGAGUGGUUGGUUGAGUUGGCGCCCAAAUACUACAACUUAGAUCACUUCUCCCGUGGAGACGUGAAGCUCUCAUUGGAGAGGGUCAUUGGCAAAAGGUAA